UUCGUCUUCACCGAUCGAUUGGUAUAUAGACCCCCCCUUCAUCUGCCCCACAAUUCACCCAAUAUCAUCUCUCUCUCUCUCUCUCUCUCUGUGAUUGCCUGCGGAUCGGCUCUCUGCAGGCGCUUGAAUUGUGAAGCGCAGUCUCUUGAUCGCAUUUUGCCAGGGCUCUCGCGAAGAUCUCGCGUCUCCGUGUCUCUUUACUUAAAGAUCUGAUUUUUGUCUCGAAUCACCUUGUUUGUGUUGCAGGGUUCCUCCUUUUAUUUUUAUAUUCUUUUGCGAGGUUUCUAUCUCUCGCUCCAUUCGCAAGAACUUUCCCUCCGCCACCGUUGCGUAACUCGAAUAGCCGGAUUUUCGUUUUCGUUUUUAUUUCCCCGUUAAUUUUCUGCAUAUCGCCUUUCUUGUGCUUCCCUUUUUUUUGGUGUUUGUGUAGUAUGGAUGCAGGAUCUGCGCACUCUUCAUCGAAUAUGAAGACGCAAUCCCGCUCCCCGCUUCAAGAACAGUUUCUGCAGAGGAGGAAUUCUCGGGAAAACCUGGACAGAUUUAUACCCAAUCGCUCAGCCAUGGAUUUCGAUUAUGCGCACUACAUGCUGACCGAAGGGAGGAAGGGAAGAGAAUCCGGCGGUGAGUUCCCCUCAAGAGAAGCCUACCGGAAGCAACUGGCGGAAACGCUCAACAUGAACCGGACUCGAAUCCUGGCUUUCAAGAACAAACCCCCCCCCGUGGAGUUGAUUCCGCAUGAACUCACUUCUGCUCAGCCAGCCAAGCCAACAAAAACCCGCCGAUACAUUCCUCAGACCUCGGAGAGGACACUGGAUGCUCCUGACCUUUUGGACGACUACUACCUCAACUUGUUGGACUGGGGAAGCAGCAAUGUACUUUCAAUUGCUUUGGGGAAUACAGUUUAUCUCUGGAAUGCUUCGGAUGGCUCUACCUCAGAACUUGUCACGAUCGACGACGAAACUGGCCCUGUAACCAGUGUCAGCUGGGCCCCAGAUGGUCGCCACAUUGCUGUCGGCUUGAACAAUUCUGAUGUACAGUUAUGGGAUUCUGCUGAUAAUAGACUGCUAAGGACUUUGAGAGGCGGCCACAGAUCUCGGGUUGGGUCUCUGGCAUGGAACAAUCACAUCCUUACAACGGGAGGAAUGGAUGGACUGAUCGUCAAUAAUGAUGUGAGAGUGAGAUCUCACAUUGUUGACACCUACAGGGGUCACACCCAGGAGGUUUGUGGGUUGAAAUGGUCGGCAUCAGGGCAACAAUUAGCUAGUGGAGGGAACGAUAACAUCCUCCACAUCUGGGACAGGUCCACGGCAUCUUCCAAUUCACCCACUCAGUGGCUUCACCGCCUUGAAGAGCACACUGCCGCUGUUAAAGCCCUUGCCUGGUGUCCUUUCCAGGGGAAUUUGCUGGCUUCCGGUGGAGGUGGAGGUGAUCGGACCAUUAAGUUUUGGAACACCCACACUGGUGCGUGCUUGAACUCUGUGGAUACAGGUUCCCAGGUCUGUUCUCUGCUAUGGAACAAGAACGAGAGAGAGUUGCUUAGCUCUCAUGGAUUCACUCAGAAUCAGCUCACCCUUUGGAAGUACCCUUCAAUGGUAAAGAUUGCAGAGCUGACUGGCCAUACUUCCAGAGUGCUAUUCAUGGCCCAGAGUCCGGAUGGUUGCACUGUAGCAUCAGCGGCAGGGGAUGAAACACUGAGGUUUUGGAAUGUGUUUGGUGUUCCAGAAGUGGCUAAACCAGCUCCAAAAGCUAAUCCGGAGCCUUUUGCUCACUUGAAUCGCAUUCGCUAAAUGAAAAGUCAUCUUUGCUGGUUAUGUCUAUCGUUUUGAUCUUCAAGAAUGCCAAACAAUGGGAUUCACAAGUCAAGAAGACCGCCACAUUGAACAAGUAUUGCGAAUAGUUGAAGACAAAAUAUGCGCCUAUACAAAACCAUAGUAGCAGUUGCCGUGAGUGUUCCCAAGUGUAUAUUUGUACAUUUUAUAUAGUCAAACUAAUGUCAACCAUAAUUUUUUUUUUCCAAUGGAUGUAGUCACUGAUGCGUGACCUGCCAUGUAUAUUUUUUGUGAACUAAAAUUUUGACUAUCGUCACUCCUCUUUUAGAGCAAACAAUCUGUUUUUGUAGCA